AUGGAAGAAAAUGGUCAACAGGAAGUGCAUGGUGUAUCAAACCAAAAAUCUAACAAUAUGGUAGAAAUUAGUGUAGUUGAUCAACAACAACUUGUUUGUGAUAAUGUUGUAAUAUCCAUAGAAAAAAUGUUGGAUCAAGUGCCUCCCACUCACGAGAAUCAAUGUAGUAUCUAUCGAGUUCCCAAACAACUACGUGAGAUGAAUCCUAAAGCCUAUGCCCCUCAACUCAUUUCCAUCGGUCCUUUUCACUAUCAUACUCACAAGAAUUUGAUAGCCAAUGAACAAUAUAAGCUUCAAGGUUUUAUUAACUAUUUACGUCGUGUUUAUAAGAUGGAAUCAUUGGAGCAACUAGUGCGAACUAAAUCAGUGGAAGAUCUUGUGAAAAGAGCUCAAAGUUGGGUGGAAGAAGCUCGAAAUUGUUAUGCAGAAACUAUAAACAUGAACGACGAAGAUUUCAUUAAAAUGAUGCUUGUGGAUGGUUGUUUUAUAGUCGAGUUUUUUAUACUUGAUUUUGAAGAAUACAACGAGUCACAUGAAUCAUUAUUCCCGCAAAUUGAAAACAAUGUAUCUAUGUCAUUCUACAAAGAAAGAAUCCCUGAUAUAGAUGAAGAUUUGAUUAAGUUGGAAAAUCAACUUCCGUUCUUCGUUCUUCAACAUCUAUUUGACCUAAUACCAAAACAUAAGGAUGCCCCCAACUGCUUCAAACAGCUUACUUAUGAGUAUCUUACUAUGGGUUGGUUAGAAAAUUAUGAACCAUCUGAUAUCCUAUCAAUAAAACCAAAGCACUUUAUCGAUUUCUUAAGCUUUUACUUGGUCCCCGAACAUCAGUAUGAGCAUGAUCAAAAAAGCAAUGAUGAGGAAGAGUGGAAUAUUAUUAUUCCUCCAUCCAUAACCGAGAUUUGUGAAGCUGGUGUAACCAUCAAGAAAGCAGAUAAAAACACCAAAUGUUUGCUGAACAUAAGGUUUGAAAAUGGGAUUUUGGAAAUCCCACCUUUACAUAUUGAUGAUUACUUUGAACCUAUGAUGCGAAACUUGUUAGCGUUCGAGCAUUUUCCCGUAGAAGUGAAGAACACUUAUGUAAUACCAUAUCUAACAUUUAUGGAUUAUUUGAUAAUCACAGAGAAAGAUGUGAAUUUACUUGUGAAGGAAAAAAUCAUAAUCAACGAUAUUGGUGGCAGUGAUAGAGAAGUUUCACAACUGUUUAACAAUCUCUGUAAGUUUGUGUCAAGCUCACCUAACGAUAACUACUUCAACGAUACCAGCAAAGCUUUACGUGAUCAUUGUGAUAGACGGUGGAACAAGGCAAAAGCUUCACUCAAACAUAACUAUUUCAAUACGCCAUGGGCUGCUAUCUCUGUCUCCGCUGCAACUUUCCUUCUUGUCCUUACCAUCCUGCAAACCAUAUUUUCUGCUAUAUCCGCCUUUCCUAAAUCUAAACCUUCUGCUCCUUAG